AUGUUUAAAGGCUUCCAACCAUUUACAAUCACCACCCAGGCCUCGCCGGAGGUAACAAUCCAUGGCAUCAAGAGCGGGGACUCAACAUCCCCUCUUCCCCCUCUCCUCCUCAUCCACGGUUUCCCUCAGACCUACCACAUUUGGCACCGGGUUGCAGAAAAGGUUACCGACCGUUACACUGUCAUCGCAAUUGACAUUCGCGGCUAUGGCGCGUCCUCAAAACCAGCUGAUGUAGCCUCCUAUGCCAAGAGCGCAAUGGCUCGAGACUGCAUCAGUGUCAUGGAUCAACUCGGUUAUGCCAACAAGCCAUUCUUUGUCUGCGCCCACGACCGCGGCGCCCGCGUCGCGCACAAGCUUGCGGUUGACUUUUCUGAUCGUGUGCGAAAGUCCAUUUUCCUCGACAUAUGCCCGACUUUGGUCAUGUACAGGUCGACGGACUUUGACUUUGCAAAGGCGUAUUUCCACUGGUUCUUUUUGAUCCAGCAGGAGCCUCUCCCCGAGACCUUGAUUUCAGCGGCACCGAGGCAUUUUGCGGAACUCUUCAUGGGGGCGCGCCAACCCAAAGGCUUGGAGAUUUUUGGAAAGGAGAAUUUCGAUCACUACGCGAGCGUGCUGGAGGAUCCGGCCGCGGUGCAUUCCAUGUGCAACGAUUAUCGCGCCAGCGCAACACUGGACAUGGAAGAGGCAGAGGCCGACUUGAAAGCUGGGCGGUUGAUUCAAUCCCCGUUGAUGGUUCUCUGGGGCAAGCAUGGCGUGAUCGAGAAGUGUUUCGAUGCAGUCAAGGAAUGGCGGGAUGUUACGAACAAGGACGUGUUGGUGCAAGGUCAUAGUGUCGAAUCUGGGCACUACAUUCCCGAACAGGCGCCAGAUGACGUUGUUCAGGCAAUCACGGAGUUCUUUGUGUGA